UUAAAAUAAAAUCAUAAUCAGAUUUUCCAAGUUAUGAAUGUUAUUCUUUUUUAUAUUAUUUGUUUUAUGAUGGAAGUGACAAAUGAUGGAACCUCAAGUUGAAUUGAAGGAAACCAACAGUUGGUAAGGACGAAAAAAUGAAAAUUGUGCUGUCGAUUCAAUGAUUACAAUCGAGAAUAUACCUUCAGUCAGCAUGGUUGCAUGAAUAUCAUCUGAUGAUACAUAGACACAAGUUUGAAUCUGUUAAUAAACUAUUUUGUGUAAGUAAAUAGAAAAGAAAAAAAUAAAUCUGUGAAAUUUUAUUGCAAAGAAUGUAAUGAUAAAUCGAAAAGAAGUCAAAAUAAUGAUAUUUUAAUUGACAAAAAAUCUAUUAUUUUUCUUAUAGAUUUGCAAAAUAUGCAAUAUGAUUUUUUAUACAUAAAUGUAUAUAUGUUUAAUACUUUGUUUUAAUGCAACUUAUUUACAGGUUCUUAUUGACAUAAAUAUGUAUAUAGAACAAAGUAUUAAAUAUACAAAGAAAACGCUUUGUACAAUGUAAAGAUUUUUGUAAUGUUUUGUUGUAAAUAUUUUCUUUAUACGAGUAUAUACAUACGAGUGUACACAUAAAACUUUAUUGAACGCAUCGAAAGUACUCUCAUAUCUUGUUCGUCACCUUGUAGCCGCCUUACAUAAAUUCAAAGACGUCACGCUUUGAGUGUCCAGAAACAAACAAACAAGAGUUAAACAAAUGUAAAUCGCACCUGGCAUGCGGCCAAUAUCGGCGAUCGAUUUUACGGCUCGCGAUGCCUUUCAAGAAAUUCAAGCCAAAGUUCUCUAUUUAUCAAGUUUGCAUAACUAUACUCGAAGCAAAGCACUUGCCGCAAAAUGCGAAUCCACUGGUCGUUGUCAAAGUUGGAAAUCGCAAGAAAAGGACAGUAGUACGAGAGAGGACUGAUAAUCCCAUUUACAAUGAGUACUUCGUAUUCAACUUGACAUGCAGUUUGGACGAUCUGCUGAACACAGGAAUCACGAUAGCGGUGUACCUGCGCCACUUUCUGCGGCGAUUAAAGUUUCACGGAAGUAUUUCCUUCGAAGUUGCCACAGUAUGGGAACAACCAGAUCGCCAGUACUACCGUAAGUGGGCCGUGCUGACGGACCCGAAGGAUCUCACGGCGGGCCCGAAGGGUUACGUGAAAUGCAACAUCACGGUGAACGUCAAGGACGAGAAGGUGAAGGCGCAUCCGGAAGCAAUGGAUGAGGACGACAUCGAAGGGAAUCUACUGCUUCCCAUCGGCGGUGAGAGACUGCCCUUCCGGCAGCGCGCUCGAUACGUCUUCGUCGUCUAUCGUGCCGACGGUCUGCCCGACAUGAGCAGCUUGUGCAGGAAAACCGAUUUCGAGAACGUUAAUCCCUACGUGCAAAUAUCGUUCGCCGGAAUGAAGGGGUCGACGAGUGAGGCAUGGCAGACCUAUUCUCCGAAAUUCAACGAGGCUAUCACUUUCAAGGAAAUGUUUCCCGUUCUCUGCCACCGCGUGAGAAUCACUAUAAAACAUCGUAUCGACAGUUGCCGGACUUGCAUCGUAGCAGUUCAUAUCCUGGACACAACGAAGAUCUCGAAUUCCGGAGAGUACGGAUUCCUGCCGACUUACGGGCCGUCUUUCAUCCACUUUUACGGAUCCGGCUCGGUGGAAAAGAACGGCUGCUCGGGCAAAUGCUUGACGGCAAUGCCUUUGUAUCGCGGAAGGGUGCUUCUGUCACUGAAAACUGAAAUGGAUGACCCAGAAGCAUCCCCCGGAAUCGGGGUUGAGACCGUUCCAGCAUUUCCCAUUAUUGAAAAAAGCCUGUGGUCGACCGAGGAAUAUCUCUUGGUUGGUGUAUUGUAUGACGUGUGUUUGAUCGACCGUUCUCGAUUUGGAUCGAAAUUAAUUAGCUUUGAAUUGAGUCUGGGAAAUGCGGGAAAUCAGCAAUUUCCGUACAGUCAAUGCGUCGAAAAUAAUGAUGACAGCCAGUCAGAAAACGAGUUGCCGGUGAAGCGAUUGAUAUUCGAAAGUCAAUCAGCUCCGCGAACGACCGGCACAGUGAAUGGCAUGUAUAAUUACGUGCCUUUAGGAUCCAGGAAGCCUUGUUUAUACGUCAGAUCUUGGUGGCCAAAUUUGGAAUGGCGGAUAAACAAUAGCAACAUUCUUCAGCAUAUCUCCGAAUUUUUGGAAACAAGAUUAGAAAAACUAGAAGUUCUUAUAACUACGGAGAAGCCGAUAGCCUUCGAGGCUUAUAACGAGACGAUUCGCGCAUUGAAAGUUUACUGCACGCGUUACUUGCACGUGUUAGACACCGACAGGUGUGAAGACAAAGGAGGAACAACCAAACUUGAUCGUCAUCGCGCAAGUUUGUGUCGCACAAGUGUCGAAGACAUUCUCAAGAGGAUCAAGAUCAAUGGCGAACUUCCCAACAAUAAUUACAUGAGGAUCGCGAUGAUCCAUGCAUAUCAAUAUUUAAGAAACUUGAGAAAUCUGUGUGAUGAUCCUCAGCAUAGUUUGCCGGAUGUCUUCAUCUGGAUGAUCGCCGGCUCGAAGCGAGUCGCUUAUUCACGACUGUCAGCCGAGCAGAUCAUCUACUCUGAGGAAGCGAUCGAAAUGGGCGGGAAAUGCGGCCGGCUAGUCAAUCUAUUCCCGAGGAAUCCGGACGACGAAAGGGAACCUGUCGAAUACAGCGCCUGCAAAAUCGAGGCAUUUUUGUGGCUUGGCAACGCGAAGUACGCCGCGGCGUGUUGGAGCGCGAUUCCGCCGGGAUACGAGAUCGAUCACGGUAGAAACGUCGACACCUUCCCGAAAUACAUCGAGUACAAUCAGUCCUCGACGUUCCAGUUACGAGCCCACAUAUUCCAAGGUCGCUUUGAUCCGGGAAUGGACGUUUCCGGUCUGCUAGACUCGUUUGUACGCGUCGUAUUUCGGGGAUACAUGGCCUCCACGCAGAAUGUGCAAACAGACAAAGAAGAGUGCAUGGCUCUCAGUGUACUUCAUCACUGGCAAGAUUUUCCUAUCUGCGGAUGCGCCCUCGUGCCGGAACACGUCGAGAGACGACCACUUUUCAACAUUAAGAGGCCGGGUCUCGAGCAGGGGAAGCUUGAGAUCUGGGUCGAUAUGUUUCGAAUUGGACAAUUGCCACCCAAAGCGGCGAUCAACAUUGUUCCCCCAAUACCUGAGGAAUAUGAAAUCCGUGUGAUUGUUUGGAAUACUGAGGACGUGCCGUUGACUGAAAGCCAAUUUCUCACCGGGGAAAAGUGUUCCGACAUUUAUGUCAAAGGAUGGAUUCAACACGAGGAUUAUCAGAAGACCGACAUUCACUAUAACUCCUUGACUGGCGAGGGUAACUUCAACUGGCGAUUCGUAUUUCGUGUCACGUAUUCGGAAGGCGAGAACGUCAUGAUAGUCCGUAGAAAAAUAUCGGUGUUUGCCAAAAAUGAGAUCGAGGAGAAGCUGCCUUGCAAGCUUCAUCUACAAAUCUGGGACAGUGAUCAUUUUUCUUCGGAUGAUUUUCUAGGAGAGUUGACACUAGACUUGUCGAGAAUGCCGCGAGGCAGUUCAAACUCCAAAAACUGUACGCUAAAGUUACUCGAACCGCAGUUACCUACAAUAAAUUUGUUCAAAGUUACCCGCAUUAGGGCUUGGUGGCCUCUUAUUCGCGGUAUUAAUGCAGGCAGAUAUGUUCAAGCGGGUAAAGUUGAACUAGAAAUAUCUAUUUUAAAAACAAAAGAUGCAGAAAAUCGACCGGCAGGUAAAGGAAGGGAUCCUCCUCAAAAUCUUCCACUUCCAAGGCGACCCGAUACUUCUUUCUCCUGGUUCCGCAAUCCAUGGAGAGCGUGCUGUUUCGUCGUUUGUCGCUAUUACAAGUGGCGAAUACUGUGCUGCUUUACGUGUACGCUAUUCGUGCUCCUAGUAGCAUGCGGGAUUUACGCUUUCCCCGGAUAUUUUGUUAAACGUCUCUUAGGCGCUUAGUUGAAACGAUUACACUGAAUUAACUGACGUACAUAUGGAUAUUUUUAAGUUUUAUUUCAUAAUUUCAAAGUGACUAUUAUUAAAGUUUAUGUUUGUAUUGUUGUAAUUUAUGCGUAGAAAAUAAAUUAAUAAUUAUAUUUUCUUUUUACUUUUUAAAAUUU